AUGCCUUGGAAAAAUGAAAAGGAUGAUAUCUUGGAUAAUGACAAUGAAGCAACUUGCAGAGUUCAUAAGAAUAUUAUUGAAAGAAACAGAUCAGUUUUUGAAAAAUAUAAAGAAGGUGACCUCGAAGAAAUACUUCAACAAAUACAGGAUGAUAAUAGAAUGGAAAAUGAAAACCAGCACGACAAUAGAGCUGUAACUCAACUACUCGAUGAUGAAUUCAGAGCUUUGGCUGUUCCAGAAGUAGAUGACAAUAUAAACAUUAUUGACACUAAUGAUGAUUAUAUUAACACUGAUGAGAACAACGAUGGAAAACGUGAAGUUUUAUAUAAUUCCAUUCCUGGAUCCAAUCCUGAUUUACCCAAAGUCCUGUUAAGUGCUCCUACUGGGAAAGCUGCUUUUGGAAUUGGUGGAGCGACUCUUCAUUCACUCUUUUCAUUACCAGUCAAUCAGUACUCAGGAGAAAUUCGUCCUCUUAGUAAUGAUACAGUUAACACACUUUCAUCGUUACUCUUAGAGUUGAAAUUAUUGAUAAUUGAUGAAAUUUCAAUGGUUGGAGCAAGAAUGUUGGGUUACCUUGAUGCUCGAUUAAAGCAAAUUUUUAAGAGUACUGAGCGUUUUGGUGGAAUUUCCAUUUUAGUUUUUGGGGAUUUAAAACAAUUACCUCCUGUUGGCGAUAAAUGGAUAUUUAGCCCCAACUCAUCAAAUCCUUAUGAAGUUAUUGUAGGAGAUCUACUUUGGAACCAAUUUAAGUUUUAUGAACUGACUGAAAUUACGAGACAAAGGGAAGAUCGGGAGUCUGCCCAAGCAUUAAACUCAAUGUUAAAAGGUGAAAUGAAUAAUGAAGAAGUACAAUUAAUAAAAUCAAGGGUCGUUGAUUCUAAUUUCAAUUUUUCGAAUGAAGCAAUUCAUUUAUUUUGGUCAAAUGCCGAGGCUGAUCAAUACAAUGAAUUAAAAUUCAAAAAUUGA